CUCUAAACCCUACCGUCGAAGAGGAAAACGAAGAACUCCAUGCAGAACCCCAUACAACUGAAAGUACCGCGCCGCGCAAUCGAAUAUCAUGGCCGGAGGUGCGCGAACGUUCCCCGCGUCAAUGACGCACGAUAUUCAUCAUGUCGAGAUCGCUAAGGAGUAUGAAAUUUAUUACAGAUCUGCGCCCAACAUGAGUCCGUUCUGUCGUUACAUCUGGAAAUGUUGAAUACGGUGCGAAACAAUGCGUCUAAUGGUGACGCGUUGCAAAUGGUUGCUGGGAUGAUUGAGAAGACGAAUAGGUUGAUGACACAGUUUCGCGUGGUGAAGAAACACUUGAUUUCGAAACCAGGAAAAUUUGGGGAGUCUUCAGAAAAACCAACUGCUACACCGAAUGAAUACCGGACGACGUCUACGUCAUCUAGUCGCGACUCGUCAAAACGACGACGCAGCCAUUCAAAGGAACGGAGGAAACGGUCACGAAUGGAAACGGACAGUAUGGAGGUGGAAAAUGAAAGCACAGAUACCAUGCCUGUCGGGGCAGUUCAAUAUCAGAAGCGCAAGCGACUGGACACGGUGAUGUUGGCUGACGAUGAAGAUGUGAGGAAUGUAACGCCGGUGGCUUUGGAAACAGAGGACAUCUCCGAAGAAGUCCAGCGUCGACUGGAAAUCAAAGAAGAGCAAAGAAGGAAAAGGAGCUCUAAGCCGGAGAAGAGGAAACGCGACAGUAUGGCGUCAACGGGUAGUACUUCUUCCCCCAACGGUAUUUCAAAACCGAACAAAAAGACCAAAACCGAGAGGCCUCAGGACGGUAUUAUUGAUGUACCAUGGGACACUGGCAGGAGGAAGAAGAAGAUUUUGAAGCCAUUUGACUCUGAGCAGGGGUCUGACGUCGGUUCUUCGGAAGAACAACGAAGAACAAAGCGCCAGAAACGCAAGUCGGGGACUCCUCCUGUCCUGUGAAACAUCAUGAGUUUCGACAGACAAGACAAAGGCACUGUGCCAAUUCAUGACCCUCUUCUUGCAGUCAGAAAAAUACGUUUGGGGAUGGACUGUGCUCUUCGAGAAGCAUGGCUUAGUACAAGCCUAUUGUGUAUAGUCAUGAGGCUCAAGUGGAAGGUUUUGGUGCUAAAUAUAAUGAGCCCCCGCGGUUGGUUCCGUGGAUACUGGGUGAUCACUCCAGGUUCCCCGGAUUACGCCAGAUUUCCUCUUUUGAAAGUAUAUACUUGAAAUCAUAUUUUACCAGACAAUACCAACACCGUUGCAUCCCACUCUCGUCGAAAAGAACCACACAUGCUCAAAUGAGCAAGAGUGACGUCCGUAGGCACUCUCGUAUUUAACGCUCGUCUUCUCCCCCCUGACUUUCUUUUCUCCAUCUUUCCUGACUCCAUUGCUGCUACUGCU